AUGGCGCGCGUUCCUUUCAUCGGCAGAUUGUUCUGGUUUGAGUACCUGGCGUUAUUAGGAUCGCUGGUACUGGUUCUACUUGAAACGGUCAUUCAUUUGAUUACUUGGUGUCUCCCAAGCCCUAUAAUCCGGUUCUGCUAUGCGCAAUCCAAGGCACUCUUUAACCUUUUGAUACCUACGGAGUCUCGUCAAAGACGUACAAAAGAGGAGAUAUUUGCCAGUUCUGUCGCAGAUGCUUCAGACUUUACCGAAAUAUGCGCCCUCUUCGGUUACCAAGCCGAAGAGCACAUAGUGCAAACAAAGGACGGCUAUCUCCUCGGACUACACCGACUUGCGUACCGAAAGGGAGAAGAGAACCACCAGGUUAAUCAAGGCCCCGAGGGACUUCAGAAGAAAGUCGUUUACCUUCACCAUGGGCUCCUCAUGUCUAGUGAAGUCUGGGUGGCCUUGACCGACGAGCAGAGAUGCCUUCCUUUCCGGUUGGUUGAAAAGGGGUACGAUGUCUGGCUGGGGAACAACCGCGGAAACAAAUACUCCAAGAAAUCGAUUCGUUUCUCGCCAGGCUCGAAUGAAUUUUGGGAUUUCUCUAUCGACCAGUUCGCCUUCUCGGAUAUCCCUGAUAGCAUCGAGUACAUUCUCGAGGUCACAGAGCAGCCGUCUCUCUCAUACAUCGGUUUCUCCCAAGGGACAGCCCAGGCAUUUGCCACGCUUGCCAUUCACCCGCUGCUGAACAAGAAGGUUGAUGUCUUUGUGGCUCUCGCGCCUGCCAUGGCUCCUUCGGGUCUGCGCAAUCGCAUCGUCGAUUCACUAAUGAAAGCGUCUCCCGAUUUCCUAUUCUUGCUAUUUGGCCGCCGCAGCAUCUUGUCAUCAACGACGAUGUGGCAAACGAUACUCUACCCACCAAUUUUCGUGCGCAUCAUCGAUACCGCUCUAAAAGCUCUCUUCAAUUGGAAGUGCCGCAACAUCAAGCAAACGCAGAAACUAGCUGCUUACUUGCAUUUGUACUCCUUCACCAGCACCAAAUCGGUCGUGCACUGGUUCCAAAUCAUCCGCCACAAGAACUUCCAGUUCUACGACGAUGAACUCUACGCCCCAUUUAGUAUUGCUGCCAGCGAGCGGUUCUACAAGCCGGUCAAGUACCCGACGCGCAACAUCAAAACUCCCAUCGUCCUGCUUUACGGUGACAGCGACAGUCUGGUCGACAUCGGAGUGAUGCUGAAGGGCUUACCUCGAACCACUGUUGCCCAAGCGAUCCCAACCUACGAGCACUUAGAUUUCCUAUGGGCCUCCGAUGUCGAUCGCCAAGUAUUUGGCUAUGUAUUCGAUGCGCUUGAGACGUAUAGCCGCGGGAGCCCCGACGCGAUCAGCACAGUUUCAGGCUCCCCCAGCAAACACAUCAAAGGAUUUUUGACCGACGGGCGCGCUCCUAACACGUCAGUCUCCCGGAAAACCCAAUUCCCAAACGGGGUGCACGGGGCCACGGUCUAA